UUGCAGCCCGGGUGGUGGCGGUUUCGGUGCCCGAAGCCGGGAGCGCGGAGUCGUUCCCGGAGCGCGGCCAGGCUAUGAUCGCGGGUCCCCGGCGUCCCGCUCCGGCCAGCCAGAGUCCCUGUCUCAGCGUGUGCCCGUGCCUGAGCGGUCUCCUCAGCCCAGCCCCGCAGCGCGCUUGGCGACGGCGCCCGGCGCGCCCCCUCCUCGGAUGGCGGCGGAGAUCCAGCCCAAGCCGCUGACCCGCAAACCCAUCCUGCUGCAGCGGGUCGAGGGGUCCCAAGAGGUGGUGAAUAUGGCCGUGAUCGUGCCCAAGGAGGAGGGCGUCAUCAGCGUCUCGGAGGACAGGACCGUUCGUGUAUGGCUAAAGAGAGACAGUGGGCAAUAUUGGCCAAGCAUAUACCAUAUGAUGCCUUCUCCAUGUUCAUGCAUGUCUUUUAACCCGGAAACAAGAAGACUGUCCAUAGGGCUAGACAAUGGUACAAUCUCAGAAUUUAUUUUAUCAGAAGAUUAUAACAAGAUGACUCCUGUGAAAAACUAUCAAGCGCAUCAGAGCAGAGUGACGAUGGUCCUCUUCGUCCUGGAGCUGGAGUGGGUGCUGAGCACCGGUCAGGACAAGCAGCUCGCCUGGCACUGCUCGGAGAGCGGGCAGCGCCUGGGAGGUUAUCGCACCAGUGCCGUGGCCUCGGGCCUGCAAUUUGACGUUGAAACUCGGCAUGUGUUUAUUGGUGACCAGUCGGGCCAAGUAACCAUCCUCAAACUGGAGCAAGACCACUGCACGCUGGUCACAACAUUCAGAGGACAUACAGGUGGGGUGACUGCUCUCUGUUGGGACCCCGUCCAGCGAGUGUUGUUCUCUGGCAGCUCCGAUCACUCAGUUAUCAUGUGGGACAUCGGCGGGAGGAAAGGCACAGCCAUCGAGCUCCAAGGACACAACGACAAAGUCCAGGCCCUUUCCUAUGCGCAGCACACACGGCAGCUCAUCUCCUGCGGUGGUGAUGGUGGGAUUGUGGUCUGGAACAUGGAUGUGGAGCGGCAGGAGACCCCUGAGUGGUUGGACAGCGACUCCUGCCAAAAAUGUGAUCAGCCUUUCUUCUGGAACUUCAAGCAAAUGUGGGACAGUAAGAAAAUUGGCCUCCGACAGCACCACUGCCGCAAGUGUGGGAAGGCCGUCUGCGACAAGUGCAGCUCCAAGCGCUCCUCCAUCCCCCUGAUGGGCUUCGAGUUUGAAGUGAGGGUCUGUGACAGCUGCCACGAGGCCAUCACCGAUGAAGAACGUGCACCCACGGCUACCUUCCAUGACAGUAAACAUAACAUUGUGCAUGUGCAUUUUGAUGCAACCAGAGGAUGGUUACUGACUUCUGGAACUGACAAGGUUAUUAAGUUGUGGGAUAUGACCCCGGUCGUGUCUUGAUGAUACUGCAGGCAUCAGAAAGAUCGUAUUUACUCAAGAAACGGUUGUUCUAAUCCACAUCAUUACUGGAGCUGCAAGCAGACGUGUGAGAGUUCGAGAGACACCGCAGAGCCGGGCUGAGCUGACGCGGCAGCGACGCACACAGGGGUGAGCUCACCAGUGAACACCGGCGAGGGGACCGUUCAACGUGUGUUCAUACGAUAUAAGAGAAGAUAUUUUUUUAACAAAUGGUUUAUACGGUCUGGCUGUGCUACAGUGUUUUGAGCAUACUGAAAAGUCUGUGUGGGGUGUUUAAUUUUUCUGUUUUUCAACACUUCAUUUUAGUUGUUGCUUUGCGUGUCGGAGAAGCGACGGCGGCAUCUGUUCAGGGUAUUCUCGGUCAUUAUAAAGUCGUUUCUGUGUUUUCUUCACUUCGGCACGUUAA